UAUAAUUUGGGAAGCCCAUGUGGCACCUCCAUCGUUGUUAUUCUGGGUUUGCACCUCUUCAAGGACCGGCUGGGUUUGGAAACUGAAGCUGGAAGCUUUUGGCAAAGAGAAAAUGAAAAUCUAUGAGAUUCCUUGCUUGGAGGAUAACUACGCCUACCUGAUUAUCGAUGAGACAACCAAAGAAGCCGCAGUGGUUGACCCUGUAGAGCCCGAGAAGGUUGUUAAUGCCGCUAAACAACAUGAUGUACUUCUCAAGCUCGUCCUCACCACUCACCACCACUGGGAUCAUGCUGGUGGAAACGAGAAGAUAAAGCAGUUGGUACCUGGGAUUAAGGUAUAUGGUGGUUCGAUAGACAAUGUCAAGGGCUGCACUGAUAAAGUAGAAAAUGGUGAUAAGAUCUCACUUGGCGCUGAUGUUAAUAUAUUGUCUCUUCACACGCCUUGCCACACCAAAGGUCAUAUAAGCUAUUAUGUGACUAGCAAAGAGGGAGAGGACCCUGCUGUUUUUACUGGAGACACACUGUUCAUUGCUGGUUGUGGGAAAUUUUUUGAAGGCACAGCAGAACAGAUGCAUCAAUCAUUAUGUGUGACAUUAGGUUCAUUGCCAAAGCCAACUCGAGUUUAUUGUGGCCACGAGUACACAGUGAAGAACUUGCAGUUUGCUCUUACAGUUGAACCAGAUAAUGUCAAGAUACAGCAGAAGUUAUCGUGGGCAAAUCAGCGGAGGCAAGCUGGGCUCCCCACGAUUCCCUCCACAAUUGGGGAAGAGUUGGAGACAAAUCCCUUCAUAAGAGCCGAUCUACCAGAGCUUCAGGUGAAGGUGGGCCGUCACUCUGCCAUUGAAGCCCUCCGAGAAAUAAGACGGCUCAAGGACAACUGGAGGGGCUAACCGAUGACCUUUGAAAAUCCUGCUUCCACCUUGUUUCUGUUGUGCUUUUAAUGUAGGUAUAUAAAGUUUAUAAAAUAUGGUUGGAGAAAACGUUUGCCCCAAGAAAACUUUUUGCAAUCCAUUGGACCAAUGGUGGUUUUCAAGACUUUGAAAAAUGUUAUGUUUUGACAUUGUUUCUUGAUUGCCAAUCUUAUGCCGUGUGUUAGAAUUAUUAAUUUAA